AUGAUGAUGAUGAUGAUGAUGAUCCGGAUGAUGAUGAUGAUGAUGAUGAUGAUAAUGAUGUUGAUUCGGACGAUUUUGAUGAUACUGAUCAUGAUCAACAUGUUGUUGAUGAUAAUGAUGAUGGUGAUCAUGAUGAUGAUGAUGAUGAUGUCGAUAAUGAUGAUGCUGAUGAUGAUGAUGAUGAUGGUGAUGAUGAUAAAUAUGAUGUGGAUGAUUAUGAUGAUGAUGUUGAUGACGAUGAUGAUGAGGAUGUUGAGGAUGAUGAUCGGUUGGUCACGUAGGGCCUAG